AUCAACAGACAGGGAUUCAGUGAGGCAGAAAUAGAGGCAUCAUCCACAACUGAUUAAAAUCAGCGUUCCCAGUCAGCCAAGAUGAAUUCAUUUCUUCUGGCUCUUGCCGUGUUGCAGACACUACGAUUCUCUGUUGGGAUACCGAUGACUGAUUUCACGCCAAUUGUUCAAGAUGCCCUGAAAGAAUCCAUUCUUCAAUUGAACAGACACACAGUUAAUGACUACCUCCUCAAAGCGACAAGCAAUGAGCUCCAUUAUUUUACUUCAACAGAACCUAAUGAGAUUGUGGUGGAUUUAAGAUUUACUGCAAGGGAAACCCUGUGCCUGAAAACAGGUGGAUUUGUUAGUGAAAACUGCGAUCUAAAUAAUGACCCCUUCGCUCAAAUGACCACAUGCCAAAGCAGCGUUAGUUAUUCCUUUCGUGCAGUCGUUGAUGUGUAUCUACACUGCACGGACAGCAGCAGUGAAUCAGCCUCCAUCGAAAGUGUUGAAGAGAUGAGGCACUUAAGAAGACAACCAAAACUCCAGGAUGAGCAUUAUUCAUCAGUUGACUGGGGUUACCAGAAUAGCAGGCAAUUUCCUCAGCGCCAUGAAAAUGAUGCUGCCCCAAGAAGACCCAAUAAGCAGGGCAAGCCUUUGAGCCAAGGAUUAUCCUCCAGAAAGAAGCCAAAUCGUAAACAGAACCAGGACUCCAAAGUGGAGUAAAGGGUGUUUGGAGUUCACAGGACGCACAAGUCGAUAUGUCUGCCAUUAUUUCAACUGCAAGCAGUGCAAACUGAAGCAUUCUUUCCUAUCUCAUUAGCUCUGUCACUGUAACAGUAGUCUCUUCUCUCUUGCUCAAGAGGUUGAAAACAUGAAAAUAAAACAAGCCGAUUAUUGCA